UAUAUAAUAUAUAAUAUAUAUAAUAUAGCUGUAGCACGACAGCAGUACACUAUAGCUGUCUAGCAGGACAGCAGUACAAGCAAUCAAAAUCAAGGAUGUUUCCACUAAUAGAUAACUUGAACAUUAUUACGCCGCCUCCUAGUCUCAUAUGUAGUGUGAAUAACAACUCAAGACUUGCAGCACCAAAUGAACAAUUGAAGAACCAAAAGAACACAAGAUUACCAUCUGUAGAGGUGCUCAUUUCGGUUAAGUUUAGAACAGAUUGGUGCAGACGGUUGCCGGAGCGGAGCAGAGGCGAGCGCUGGAGUUGAGCAGUGAGCAGAGGCGAGCGCCGAAUCUGAGCAGAGGCGAGCGCAACAGAGGGCAGACGGCAGGGCCACCGGAGCUGAGCAGAGGCGAGCGCAACAGAGGGCAGGGCCACCGGAGCUGAGCAGAGGCGAGUGCAACAGAGGGCAGAGGGCAGGGCCACCGGAGCUGAGGACCACCGGAGUAGAGGGCAGGGCCGCAGGCCAGCAAUGGAGCAGAGUGUGAGAGGGGGCAGAGGCGGCGGCUUAGGGUUUUACUGUUUUAGGGUUUCUAACUUUCUACUGUGCGGCGGCACAGUGGCAGACAGUAGAGCUUGUUUCUACUGUGGACUGGAGAGUGGAGACAGUGGGCCGCCAACCCAUAUAAUGAUAUAACAGAGGAGGACACUUUUUUUACAGGCCCAAACUUGGCACAAGCUAGUCGGACAUGGCACCUAGUCGGCCGACUAAUCGCGAUUAGUCGCCGACUAGGACGAUUAGUCGUAACCUAGUCGCCCUAAUCGAGUCGUCCAUGCUAAUCGUGCUGUACCAAGCGAUAAGGCCGACUAAUCGCGACUAGUCGCGAUUAGUCGGACGACUUUAAAACCAUGAUCACCCCUAAAUUCGCCCCGGAUGGUUAGUGCAAUAAUUUCCCAACCAAUCAUCACCUUGUGCACUUCUUGGUUGAUGUAGCCUUAUAGGGCUUGACGACAAGAAAUGCAUUUUUGAACCACCGAAACCAAGUUACCAUUUAUUAUUACAGUAAUAAUAAACAACUAGUUGGAACGGUUUGUUUGUUUGUCUCCCACAGAUUACUUAAACUAUUCUGUUUUUGUGACUGUUCUGUUUUAUUUUCCUAUGUUAGGUGUUGCUACAGAUGGACUACCACUGUCGGGGAUAGGGCGUGGCUGUGGAAGCAAGCAUCAUAAGGUUCACAGAGAUCUAUUUGUUCACCGAUUGAUCCGAUUAGACUUCCCGCGGGGUAGCACGGGGAACUUGCUGAAUCAACUCCUUGGAAUCGGAGGCCUGACUGAGGGUCAAUCCUAUGGUAACCUCAACCUAGGAAUGCCUGUUUCACUUCCUUGACAGAGCCAACUGAGAUGCUCUGUCUCGAUGUUGACCUAACAUGGAUUGAUUAGAAAUUCUGAAGGGUCUCAUCCUGAUCUCGCAAAGGAUCAGCAAUAGCUGUGUGUACUCGAGGACUCUUAGGGAAAGAAAAGCACUUUUCUCUCUCAGCAGUUAGAAAUUCCUCGGAUCGUCUGCGCUUGGCUUGGUAUUCUUAUACUGAAUCGCUGUUGGAUAAAAGAAAGCAUAAAGUUUUUAAGCCUGCGUUCUCGUUGGCGAAACCACUAGGAGGCAACCAUGAAAGCGGUUUCUAUGUUUCGAUCGAACAAACACAGCUUUACGCUUCUUUCCAACUCUACCCACGCUUCGGGUUCACACUUACUUUACGCCUUAUCGAACUUGGGCUUAGUUCAGCCAGCUUCGUAACAUGCCUGCUCAAAGUGAGUAGUUGGAAGUUCCUGUAAGCAUCUUCCCAUGAAUUGACGUAUAUAAGCGUAGUUAUCAGGUACGCCGUGAGCUGGAUUCUAUCCCCGAGGAUAGAGAUUGAUGGGUAAUAGUUUUGAUAGAAAACUCAUAUGUUAAGUUCUCUAGUUGAUGUGAUGCGGCUCGAUUCAUCAUUGCUCUCACAUCAAUGUUUUCGGUUCCCUUUUUACUCUCCCAUUUUCAUAGAGAAAGAUGUUCUGAUUCAGUUCUCUCUGAAAAGGAGGGGCCCUUAGGGACACAGUAGUACCAUUUCCAUUGUGCGAAAGGUCGUGUCCUGGUAGCCUCUCUGCUGUAGACGGUCUCAUUGGUAAAUUCUUCCAUUUCUAAAAUUGUCAAAUCGAGAUUGUGUGGGUGUUCAGUCUACUCUACCGCUCAUGAAAAGAUUUCGUUGGGUAGAACCAAGUCUCUUUUGGGAGCAGAUUGUAUUUGAUUUUAUAUAGUUACUCCAUGAUGAUGAUGACUAGAUGGAGUUCCACUGAUAUGAAGAGAAGAAAUAGAAUAUUGGCUAAUAUGGUGCCAAUUCAUAAUUUAAGUUUACCUGAUUAUUAUGAAUAUGAAGAAGAAUACCAUCCAGUUUCAAGAGAGGCAACCAGAGGCGAGGGAUAAACAUGUUUGUCUAAACAAACAUCGUCUAUAUCACAUGUUUCUUUCGCUUAAUGUCCUGUCGGACAUGAAGCUCCAUCAACCUGCCUUAAAACGCCGGAAACGAACGUCUGAGACCGUUUUCAAGCUCGACCUAAACCCCCGGAGGGGGACUAGCUGCCAUCCCUUGUAGAACUCUCUUUUCAUACCAGCACUCUAUGUAUCCGGGCUCUCCCUCCGGGGGCCGAGCACCUGGUUCCGGACAAUAACAAUAAUAUCUAUCCUAUUAACCUGCCCUCCGGGGGCCGGGCUCGCCCUUCGGGGGUUAUGGCUUCAAUCACCGAUCGGUCGGCAUGCCUCCACUCGGGCUUGACCUCGUUCCGGUCUUACCCACCCUCGAGUCUGGUCUCGGGUGGGCGCUUAGGCAAGGUACGACUACCCGGAUCUGGUUCCGGUUCCGGAAAAGCGUAUCAAGAGCUAGUUCACUAGGGCUAGCUUGGCAGUACAUCCUGCCGGGAUAUACUCUUCACGUGGGCGUGGCCAGGCUUCGAGCUCAAAAUCUUACAACCCUUCACGCUCUACUUCGCUCGAUGUGGAUCUAAACCUUAACUCUGAGCCCACCGAUGAUGAUGAUGUCGAAGAAAUGAUGCAUAUCACCAUGGUAUAUGCUUGUACAAUUGUUUUUAUUCCAUCCUGCAUUGUUUGUAGUUAUUGUUUAGCGUUCUAAAUCAUUGUUUACAUGUAUGUUAUUGAGUAGAAAUAAGUUUGUGACAAAGCUGAUUGGACAUUCGAUAACAAUAGAUUUUUUUUUGUGAAAUAUGCAUCCAAGAAAUCAAUGCUGGGAAUAGGUUUAAUGGUAUCAUGACUUCGUGAGGUUACAACAAUAUAGCUGAGACCUGAGAAGUAUAAGAUAGCAACUGAGCUGCAUCAUUCAAAAGUGCAAUUGAAGAAUAAAUGAGAUUUACUUAAAGGCUUGUAUGGGUUUUGGUUACAACUGCAUAAAGAUACCGGACUUGGGAUUUAGGAACAUAUUCUGCAUUCGAUGGGUACAGGAAUAGGUUGACAAAGGGCCAUUCAAACUGGAAACGAUUAAAGAAAGGUCGAUUAAAGAAAGGUCCACUAGAGCAUGGAGAAUUGUUACAUAAAAUGUUUGGUGGCAUUGUUGUGGAUAGAUCUAGUGCAAGCGCACCCCGUGAAGUGUUUGGAGGGAAUGAUGAAGAAGAGGUUGUUGUUGAUGGAUGUUAUGGUGGAGAUGACAGUGAUAUCAUGCCACUAAGGAAAAUUAUAAAAUUGCAAACAAAGUCAUGCUAGGUGAGCAUCUAGAUGAAGUAUAUCAAGGAAGUUAGUUAAUCGUAAAAUUAGUUAGUUUGAACUUUGACCCGGUGAAAUUUCCACGCUCCUACAUGCGUGGAAACAGGAAAUUCUCCCGUGUCCGUCCCCAGCCCGCACCGCGGCGUGAUUUUGAGUUUUUGACCCUGUACAACGGGCAUACCCUGACUACGCAGAGGUAGAGACCGCCACGACAUGUCGUGACUCGUGACCUCACUGCUUGCGUUGCCCGCCGCGCACGAGUGGCGGCGCAGCAGAAAAUUAAACGACCCGACCCGGACUACUUACACAUCUGCAGAGCCGGUGAUGGCGGACCGGCGGAGCAAUGGUGGUUCGCCCCCUAGCUGGAGCUUCGCGUCUCAAAGCAGCCACUACCACUUGGCGGCGAUGAGAGGAAGCUACGCGCCACAGAGCCUCUGGCGCCCGUCGCCGAUGCCGGUCCGUGGUGCCGCCCUGUCCUCGACGCCGCACGUUGUGGCCUCGGCGCCCGCCGAGAAGAACUUCGCCGCCGACUUCCUGCUGGGCGGGGUGUCGUCGGCGGUGUCCAAGACCGUGGCGGCGCCUAUCGAGCGCGUCAAGAUGCUGCUGCAGAACCAGGACGAGCUGAUCCGGACCGGCAGGCUGUCCGAGCCGUACAGGGGCAUCGGCGACUGCUUCGGCCGCACCGUCAGGGACGAGGGCUUCCUGUCGCUGUGGCGCGGGAACAACACCAACGUCAUCCGCUACUUCCCCACGCAGGCCCUCAACUUCGCGUUCAAGGACUACUUCAAGGGCCUCUUCAACUUCAACAAGGACAGGGACGGCUACUGGAGGUGGUUCGCGGGGAACAUCGCCUCCGGCAGCGCCGCCGGGGCCACGUCGCUGCUCUUCGUCUACUCCCUCGACUACGCCAGGACGCGCCUCACCAGCGACUACAGGGCGGCGGCUAAGGGCGGCGAGAGGCAGUUCACUGGCCUCGUCGACGUGUACCGGAAGACGCUCCGGUCCGACGGCGUCGUGGGGCUCUACCGCGGGUUCAACGUCUCCGUGGCCGGGAUCGUCGUGUACCGCGGCCUCUACUUCGGCAUGUACGACUCCUUGAAGCCGGUGCUGCUGACGGAGAAGUUGCAGGACAACUUCUUCGCGAGCCUGGCGCUCGGCUGGAUGAUCACCAAUGGCGCCAGUCUGGCCUCUUACCCGCUGGACACUAUCCGGAGAAGGAUGAUGAUGACCUCGGGGGAGGCCGUCAAGUACAAGAGCUCCAUGGACGCCUUCGCCCAGAUCGUCAGGAACGAGGGCCCCAAGUCGCUCUUCAAAGGCGCCGGCGCCAACGUCCUACGCGCCAUCGCCGGCGCUGGCGCGCUUGCCGGCUACGACCAGCUGCAGCUCAUCUUCUUCGGCAAGAAGUACGGCUCAGGGGGCGCGUGAACAGGGACAAGUUUCAGCGAAUUCAGUAAAACUCAGCGAAUAGACGACGACGACGAAAACGGCAUUUGAUUCCUUCAUUUACUAUAUUUUUUUUACAGGUUCACAUAUUUGUAUAGCUCAAAAUUCACAAUAAGAAGCAUUCAGAUUGCUUCCAUUUGUUUUCGCUCUGAUUGAUUUUUUUUUUAAAAAAAAAUUAUGUUUGUAAGAUUGCAGUGAUGUAAUAUAAGUACUAAAAAUAAUAAAGAGUUGCUUGAAAGCAUUCAGUGUUAUCAA